AUGUGUUUAAUGUGUUUUAUCGGUGGAAUGGCCACCCAUUUCGGGUGAACAAUGCAAGGAAAAAAAAGCGUGUGGAUAAAAGAAAGCUGCGAGCAGGAGAAGGGGAGACACCAACAGUCGUCAUCACAGCCACUUUGGACUGACGUUUUCGUAGUCUCGCCUGCGAAUAUCGCAUAAAUUGCCUCAGUAUUCAAUUGUCCGUUGACUGAGUGAGACGUGUUGUCAAGUGCACAGUGAAAACCUUCGGCAUCUUCAACUCGAAUUUCCCACCCAGAUUUGUGAGUCCACAAGCGGAAGUCGCGAUGCUGAUCAAGGUCUUCCUCUUGGCAAUCCUCGCCGUAGCGGUGAGAAGUCAGUGUGUGUCGGAGAACGAUGUGUCCGGUGUGUUCAACAAGGAUGCCAAAGCGAAUCUGUACAUGGGCCAGCAGGCUUUCACGGUGGCUCUGCUGAAUGCCACAAACAGAGCCACGCCGAACGAGAACGUCUUCUUCUCGCCAUACAGCACGUACCAUGCCCUCUUGCUAGCCUACUUCGGCGCCAGGAACCAGACUGAGACGGGCUUGAAGAAGGUCCUGAACCUCGAGUGGGCGGAUAGCAAAUUCGACGUGAUGCAAGCCUAUCGGAUUGAGACUCAACAGAGAGCGCGCAGAAGUCAAAACAGUUCCGUGGACUUCACAUCGGCGGACAGGCUCUUCUUCGCCCCAAAAGUCGAAGUCAAAGAUUGCAUGAAGGAUAUCUUCCAUGACGAAAUUGAAACGUUAGACUAUGAGAAAGAUCCUGAACUCGCCCGUCUGACCAUUAACAAGUGGGUGGAGAAUGUGACGAAGGAGAACAUCAAGGAAAUCCUCGUUCCCGGAUCUCUAUCCGCCCAGACAACCGUUGUCCUGGCCAAUGCGGCGUACUUCAAGGGCUCCUGGGCAUCUAAAUUCGAGGCUGACAAGACCCAGAAGGAGAUCUUCUACAGCUCAUCUGAGAAGCAAACCUUUGUGGACAUGAUGAACAAGAAAGGAUACUUCAAUCACGCUCUGAAUGAACACUUGGGUGCUCAUGUGCUUGAAAUUCCUUAUGAGGGCGACGGCACGGAGAUCUCGUGCGUGAUCCUUCUGCCGCCCUUCACUCCCAAUGGCCUGGACGAUGUGCUGUCCAAACUCACGCCUGAGAGCCUCCAGAGAGCCUUGGAUGACGGCACGUCGCGUGAGGUUGAGUUGAAACUGCCCAAGUUCUCUUUUGAGAAGAAAUACGAACUGGUGCCGAUCCUGGAGCAGAUGCAAGUGGGCGAUCUCUUCCAGUCCACGUCGAAUCUGGCGGGAUUCUCAGAUUCGCACAAGAUCCAGUUGGACGAUGCCGUGCAUCAGGCGAAGAUCGACGUGGAUGAGGAGGGAUCCACUGCCGCCGCAGCCACUGUGCUGUUCUCCUUCCGCUCCUCCAGGCCACUGGAUCCACUCCAGUUCUACUGCAACCACCCGUUCCUCUUCCUGAUCUACGAUCACCGAUCGCGAGCGGUCCUCUUCGCCGGCAUCUACCGCGGUCCGGACAACUGAGCACCUCAGCUUCCUUGUCAGUUAAACUGUACCUUCUCUUGAGUGCUCUUAUUAAUUACAAAUGCGCGGCUCGAGCCCGCUUUCCUCGUGUGACUCUGAGCGUGAAAAAAUUGUGAGUGAAUGCUGGUGUGCCUGUUUGUGAACUUUUUUAUUCAGUCAUUUUAAUAUCUUGUGUUAUAUUGUAUAAAUAUUUUCAAUAAUAAAGAAAAAAAGA